AUGACCUUCGAAGGCGCCAUCGGCAUCGACCUCGGCACGACGUACUCGUGCGUCGGUGUGUGGCAGAACGAGCGCGUGGAGAUCAUUGCGAACGAUCAGGGCAACCGCACGACGCCGUCGUACGUGGCGUUCACCGACACGGAGCGCCUGAUCGGCGAUGCCGCGAAGAACCAGGUUGCGAUGAACCCGACGAACACCGUCUUCGACGCGAAGCGCCUCAUUGGGCGGAAGUUCAGCGACUCCGUUGUGCAGUCGGACAUGAAGCACUGGCCCUUCAAGGUCAUCGCGAAGGGCGACGACAAGCCGGUGAUCCAGGUGCAGUUCCGCGGCGAGACGAAGACGUUCAACCCGGAGGAGGUGAGCUCGAUGGUGCUGCUGAAGAUGAAGGAGGUUGCGGAGUCGUACCUGGGGAAGCAGGUGAAGAAGGCCGUGGUGACGGUGCCGGCGUACUUCAACGACUCGCAGCGGCAGGCGACGAAGGACGCCGGCACGAUUGCGGGGAUGGAGGUGCUGCGGAUCAUCAACGAGCCGACGGCCGCCGCCAUUGCGUACGGGCUGGACAAGGUGGAGGAGGGCAAGGAGCGCCACGUGCUCAUCUUCGACCUCGGCGGCGGCACGUUCGACGUCACCCUGCUGACGAUCGACGGCGGCAUCUUCGAGGUGAAGGCGACGAACGGCGACACGCACCUGGGCGGCGAGGACUUCGACAACCGCCUCGUCUCGCACUUCACGGACGAGUUCAAGCGGAAGAACAGGGGCAAGGACAUGACGACGAGCCAGCGCGCGCUGCGCCGCCUCCGCACCGCCUGCGAGCGCGCCAAGCGCACGCUGUCGUCCGCGGCGCAGGCGACGAUCGAGAUCGACGCGUUGUUCGACAACGUGGACUUCCAGACGACCAUCACCCGUGCCCGCUUCGAGGAGCUCUGCGGCGACCUCUUCCGUGGCACGCUGCAGCCGGUGGAGCGUGUGCUGCAGGACGCCAAGAUGGACAAGCGCGCCGUGCACGAUGUGGUGCUCGUCGGCGGCUCCACCCGCAUCCCGAAGGUGAUGCAGCUGGUGUCCGACUUCUUUGGCGGCAAGGAGCUGAACAAGAGCAUCAACCCCGACGAGGCUGUGGCGUACGGCGCCGCCGUGCAGGCCUUCAUCCUCACCGGCGGCAAGAGCAAGCAGACGGAGGGCCUGCUGCUGCUUGACGUGACGCCGCUGACGCUGGGCAUCGAGACUGCCGGCGGCGUGAUGACGUCGCUGAUUAAGCGCAACACGACGAUCCCCACCAAGAAGAGCCAGAUCUUCUCGACCUACGCGGACAACCAGCCGGGCGUGCACAUCCAGGUCUUCGAGGGCGAGCGUGCGAUGACGAAGGACUGCCACCUGCUCGGCACAUUCGACCUGUCCGGCAUCCCGCCGGCGCCGCGCGGCGUGCCGCAGAUUGAGGUGACCUUUGACCUCGACGCCAACGGCAUCCUGAACGUCUCCGCGGAGGAGAAGGGCACUGGCAAGCGCAACCAGAUCGUCAUCACGAACGACAAGGGCCGUCUGAGCAAGGACGACAUCGAGCGCAUGGUGUCGGAGGCGGCCAGGUACGAGGCGCAGGACAAGGAGCAGCGGGAGCGCAUCGAUGCAAAGAACGGCCUGGAGAACUACGCCUUUUCGAUGAAGAACACCGUGAACGAGCCGAACGUGGCCGGCAAGAUUGACGAGGCCGACAAGAACACAAUCACGAGUGCCGUGGAGGAGGCUCUGCAAUGGCUGAACAACAACCAUGAGGCCAGCAAGGAGGAGUACGAGCACCGCCAGAAGGAGCUGGAGAACGUGUGCACGCCCAUCAUGACGAAGAUGUACCAGGGCAUGGGCGCGGGUGGCGGCAUGCCCGGCGGUAUGCCUGGAGGAAUGCCCGGCGGUAUGCCCGGAGGUAUGCCCGGAGGAAUGCCCGGCGGCGCGCCCCCGUCGUCGUCGUCGGGGCCAAAGGUGGAGGAGGUUGACUGA